GGUCCGAUUCUCAACCAAUUGCUAGAGUCUAUCGAACUGCCGCAGUAAUGAAAGGAAUUACUUUGUUGUUAACGGUUUUGGUGUAUUGUGCGAAUAUCGGUCCGAUUCGCGCCAAUUUACCGAAGGUAUGUUUAGACGGUUCAUCCUGUUUACUGGGCAGAUAUAUGAGUGGGAAUGAGAGCGAUUCAUUUGAAGCCUUCUUGGGCAUACCAUACGCCAAACCACCCAUCGGUGAUUUGAGAUUCAGUAAUCCUCAAGAAGUGGAACUAUGGAAUGGCACCUUUACAGCCCUAUAUCCUAUGCCUGAUUGUAUACAACGUAAUUAUCUAUUCGUAACAGAUCCUAUUAGCGGUUCAGAGGAUUGCCUCUACUUGAAUAUAUAUCGCCCCUUGAACAAUACCGGUAGAGAAUUGCCAGUAAUGUUUUAUAUACACGGUGGUGGAUUUUUCGCCGGCACACCAAGUCCUAGCGAUGAAGGACCGCAAUAUUUUAUGGAAACCAGUGAUGUAAUUCUAGUAGUGACCGCCUAUCGCUUGGGUCCAUUUGGUUUUCUAUCUACUAACGAUGAAGAGAUGACGGGAAAUUAUGGACUUAAAGAUCAGAAAUUAGCUCUACAAUGGGUUCAAAAGUACAUUUCGGCUUUUGGCGGUGAUCCCGAUCGUGUGACUAUUUUCGGCCACAGUGCUGGCGGUGCAUCAGUCCAUUUACACUUAAUGAAUAACAAUAAAGAGGGUCUAUUCAGUAAAGCUAUCAUGAUGAGUGGCGUCGGAAACUCACCAUUCGCUUUGCCUGUAAACGAUCCUAGACACCAAGUCGUUGAAUUGGCUAAAGCUGCUGGUGUAACAGAAGCUGAGAAUCUAAGUUCCGCUGACCUAGUUCAGGCAUUACGAUCAAUCAAACCGGAAGACUUGCUACUAGCCGCCGAUGAUCUUAAACCUUGGGCUGAGCAACCACUUGUAGUAUUUCGCCCGAAUAUUGAAAAUGACACCUGGCCUGGUGCAUUCUUAACAAAAGAUCCAUUAGACCCAUUCAUACCGUUUGGAACGAACACUGAUAUACCGUGGUUCAUUGGUAAUGCACCUGCCAAAGGCGAGGGCACGGUUAUAGCACUUCGAUUAGCAAGCAAUAAGAGUCUGCAGGACGAAUUAAAUGAAGACUUUAGCCAGAGGCUAAGCAUUACAUUGGGCUUGUCUGGUACAUGUGACACAGAAGCUGUGAUAGAUUUAUUGGUAACAGAGUAUAUGGAUGGUAAACACGAAUUGAAUGAUGAAACUUUGGAUGGCUUUUUGGAGCUUUGUGGAGACCGCUAUUUCAUACACCCAACCUACAGAGUUUUAAAAUAUAAUGUAAAUUCUAGUCGCAGUGAUUUUAGAGGAAUACUACGUUUUGACUAUCGCGGACCCUAUUCAUAUUCGACAAUAUUUGCAAAUAGCUCACAAGAUUUCGGUACUGUACACUACGAUGAUAGGCUCUAUCUGUUUAAUGGGCUAAGCGGAUUAUCGAAAGGUUAUUCACAGCAGUCUCCUGAGGCAGCGUUGGUUAAACGCUAUGUAAGGCUAUAUCAGUCUUUUGCCGAAACUGGUUAUUCAGAUGAAUUUGCUGUCAGCGGAGAAUGUAAUGAUUUAAAUUUUCCGAAUUGUGAAAAUUUGUUGAUCGUUAAAGAUGAGGAGCCGUUCCAAACUGGCAAUUCGUGGGAUAGUGAACGAAUGGCAUUGUGGGACCAAAUAUAUGAUUCAUGCUAAAUUGCAUUUUCGAAUACACAUAUACAUACUUAUGCAAUAAAGCAGAAAAUAAAGUCAUACUUGGACUUGAUUGUGUUAAA